AUGCUGAAGGAUCGCAUUAAGGAGUUUCCUGACAGCAUGCCCCAGAUGGAAGAACUAGUCUCGGGAAAGUCCAAGGCUGGUAAAGCCUCCACCGCCGCCAAAACCCAGGGCGGGGCUACCACCAAAAUCAAGUCCAAGAGUAGCCUCAAAAGCCAGGGAAAAGCCGGAGACAAGGUCGGAUACAAGGGAACUACUAGACCACCUGUGAAGAGCAAGAUCACCAAGCCUCAGCCCUUCAACCGAAACAACAGAGCUGCUUCCCCCUCAUUCCGCCCCUCGGUUGGUGUAAAGGUGCUCCAGGCCAUGGAGAAGCAGUUGGAAGUCCUCCGUGAGAUUCUUACUAAGACCAAGAAGGUCUGCAUGUUCAAAGAAGCACCACGGAUAGAUAUUACAUCCUCGCUAAAAGAAUCGCCUGCGGCACUGAUAGUUUAA